AUCCGGUAUAGGUUCCGUUCCGAUGACGUUCUCUGUUUAUAGCAGCAAUGGCGUCUACCAGCGAGGAUGACAAGGUAUCGAGCGUUGGGGAAUCGGCAGAAGCACCCACGUCCAGCAAAAGAGAAGAGCGGCUCCGAAAGUUUCGCGAGUUGCAUUUUAAACGGAAUGAAGCCCGUAAACUCAAUCAUCAGGAGGUUGUUGAGGAGGACAAGAAGCUAAAACUUCCCACCAACUGGGAGGCAAAGAAGGCCCGACUGGAGUGGGAGCUGUCAGAAGAUCAAAAGAGGAAGGAAUGUGCCGCAAGAGGAGAAGAUUAUAACAGAGUCAAACUCUUGGACAUCACAGCUGAUGAUGCAGAGCGGUGGGAGAGAAAGAAGAAAAAGAAGAAUCCUGACACUGGCUUUGCAGGUUACGCUGAGGCUCAGUUCAGACAGUACCAGAGGCUCACGAAGCAGAUUAGGCCAGACAUGGAGCGCUACGAGAAACAACGUGAGGAGUCCGGUGAAGAUUUCUACCCCACCACCAACAGUCUGGUCCAUGGCACCCACGUCCCCACAAAAGAAGGCAUUGACCGCAUGGUGGAGGAUGUCGAGAGACAGAUCGAGAAGCGUGCCAAGUACAGCCGACGCAGGGCCUACAAUGACGACGCAGACAUCGACUACAUCAAUGAGAGGAAUGCCAAGUUCAACAAAAAAGCGGAGCGCUUCUAUGGCAAAUAUACAGCGGAGAUUAAGCAGAAUUUGGAGAGAGGCACGGCCGUCUGAGGGCCUGAGGUUUUAGUUUGUGGCGUCAGUACUGCGCAGGGCAGAGCCUGAAUUCGAACUCCUGCCAGUCAUUAAGGUGACUUUUAAAAUCUCAUUGUUGCUAUAGUGAAGUCUAUAUGAGUCAUUAUCUUUGAUGUUUGAUUCAAAGUUCAUUCAGUUUUUGUCCCUUCUUUUUAAAUAAACGGUCAUUUCCAA